AUGGAGGUGACUCCACGUCUGCUGAGGCACUUCAACAUGAUUUGGAUGACAGCUUUGCCACAGGACACCAUGCAUCGCAUCCUCAGCUCCAUCCUGGGCGGCUGGCUGGGAGUCAAGAAGCCUGCUCUACAGGAUAUGGCCGGCAGCAUCGUGUCAGCUUCGGUGGAGAUGUUCUUCCGCACCAUUGCGGAUCUGCUGCCUACCCCUGUGAAGUGCCACUACACCUUCAACUUGCGCGAUCCCGCCAAGAUGCUCCAGGGCAUGCUGAUGGUGCAUGUGAAGACUGAGCUCACCGAUGAGGACAGCCUGGUCAGGCUUUGGGUGCAUGAGACCUGUCGGCAGUUCCGCGACCGCCUGGUGAACCAAGAGGACCGCAAGUGGUUCAACGACUGCUUGUCCGUGUCGUGGCUGCAAGAAGGUGCGAAGUACUGGGACGAUGUGGGAGGAGUCACCAGGGUGGUCCACUCCUGCGCGGACUUCCUGCGCGCGGUCUCGGUGGAAAGUCACCUGGAGCGGGCGGUCCAUUUCCCGCAGGGCCUCCGGAAGUUUGCGCUUGAGCCCUGCUGGCCGAGCGAGCCAGAGCAAUGCGCGCGGCUUUUCAGCGGCGGCUCGGUGAUGGAGAUCUUGGACGCUCUCGACCCGGAGAAGGUCCAGGGCAACCUGGAAGGCAUCGACCCCGAGUCCCGGGUGCAGCAAGACGUCUUGGAGCUCGCCGAGCGGCGAGGGCUGCUGCCCUGUGGUGAGGCCGAUGCGGCCGCCAAGCGCUGGUUUCAAGACCCGGAGGUGGGUGCGGAGUCUUCGGAGCUGCAGUGCGCAGUUUCUGCCCGCGCGCGUCUGGCCCGCAAGGCGGCGGCGGCGAAAGCGCUGGGAUCCACGGCGCAGGCGCUGUAUUUGUGUGAGCUUCGCCCCAUCCAGGCCCCGAAAAGAGCGCCUUUUUCGGCCCUGAGGGAGCUCGACGUGCUUUGGGCGCACGAGGAGGGCUUCUUUGUGGGUGGCCCGGGCACUGGCAAAGGCCUGCAUGUCGACCAGCGUCCCGAGAGCAACAUCGGCAAGCAGUGGCGCGGCAGGAAGCUGUUCGCUGCCUGGCCCACCACCGGCCUUGAUGUCUUGGAGUCCUGCUAUGGGGAGGUGUUCUGCGGGCCUUUGCUGGCAAAACACCGGGCAGCCCUGGAGCGAGCCUCGCAGCUUCUGGUGUUGGAGCCCGGCGACCUCUUCCUCUUUAACGGCCAGAUGCCACAUGCGGCGCUUUGCGUGGAGGGUGAACUGAACGUCACCAGCUACGAAGGGAUUCUCACGCUUCAUCCGGACCACCUUCGGCAAUUUCUGAGCGUCACGGGGAGCUUUCAGGGCCCCUGGCGGCAGCUCGCGGAGGAAUGGGAGCAAGAGCUGCUACAGCGACUCCUCGAGCUGCGGGAGGCCCGGAAGAGCACGGAGGAGCCAGUGCUGAAGGCUAUCUCCCUGGUGCAGCACCGGCUAGGACUGAACAUCCCAGCCAAGCGACCGAGGUUUGUGGACCUCAUGUACGGGGACUUCUUCGACCGCAAUGAGAAGCCGUACGUCCAGGCGACGGACCCGCAGAAGACGCAGGUCACAUUUGAGGAGGUGCUGGAGGAGUACAACAGCAUGAACUCCAACAAGAUGAACCUCGUCUUCUUCAAGGACGCCCAAGAUCAUUUGGCCAGGGCCUCCCGGAUCAUUCGCCAGCCCCGAGGCAAUGCUCUUCUGGUGGGCGUCAGCGGAGUGGGCCGCAAGAGCAUGGCUCGUAUGGCCGCUCACAUGGCAGAGGCACACAUGACGUCGAACUUUGGCACGGGCAGAUUCAAAGUCAUCAAAGAUGCUCCAUGCGAGAGCCUUUGUCGCCACGAGUAUAGCGCCACGGGCCUUUGCAAUCGCUCGAGCUGCCCCUUGGCGAAUGGACACCAUGCCACGGUGUCCAAGCGGGGCAACAUCUUUGUCCUGCACCUCAAGACGCCGGAGAGCAGAGAAUGGAAGAUGGUGAAGCUGUGCAAGAGCGUGGCGUCCUCCCUGGGGCGCCUGGCGCAACACGCCCAUCACCUGGCAGCACCGCAGUUGGAGAACGCGCAAAAGCGCCUGAGAUCUUUGGGCGGCGGUGGUCAGCAGUUGACGACCUGCGUGGCGGAAAAGAAGAAAUCGGAGAGGAGGGAAGCGAAGAACGAGAAGAAGGCGGAGGCGGCCGCCCAGGUGGAGAACUCCAUUGGCGCGGAGCUUCUUCGCAGGAUGCGGCUGGGCGUGUACGCGAGGAUAUGCACGACGCGGUUUUCACAUGGCAAACUCCUGCCUGAAGAAAAUCAGGACAAAAGCUCUGAGACACUUCCACGUCGCAAAAAGCGGAGGCAGGUGGAGGUGGAGUACGAGGAGGAGCGAGAAGUCAGGAUUCCCCUGCGGCCCGCUGACGACUUCGCGCGCGGGGGGAAAAAGAAAAGGGAGCGGUGCCGGAAGCCGCUGCUCUUGGCUCGCGUGAACGACUUCAGGGAGGACUUGAAGCGCAUGAUGAUGGAUGUGCUCAAGGGCGAGGGCAAGGGCCUGGCCUUCUUGUUCUCUGACACGCAGAUCGUGAAGGAGUCAUUCUUGGAAGACAUCAACAACAUCCUCAACACCGGAGAGGUACCCAACCUCUUCCUUGCAGAGGAGAUGGAGCAGGUCAUCGGCUUGGCGCGGCCUUUGGCGAAGGCGGCGGGCAAGGUGGACGCCCGAGACGUGCUGUGGCAGCACUUUGUGCAAGUGGUCCGAGAAGGCUUUCACAUUAUUUUGGCGUUCUCCCCCGUGGGCGAAGGCUUCCGUGCGCGGUGCCGGCAGUUUCCCUCCCUCAUCAACUGCGCGACGGUGGACUGGUACGACCCAUGGCCUGAGGAUGCCUUGGUCUCAGUGGCAGAGAGGUAUUACCGGGAGGCGCCCAGAGAGCUGGAGCUGGAUGCGAGCAUCGCGGCCCUCUCCAAGAUCUCUUGCGUCAUUCAUGCCUCCUCCUCUGAGGCGGCCGAGCGCUUUUUCGACGAGCUGCGGCGGAAGACGUACAUGACGCCCACCUCCUACCUGGAGCUGAUCAAGCUCUUCACGGAUUUGCUUGGCAUGAAGAAGGGCGAGCUGGACACCAAGCUGAACCGAUACCGGGUGGGCGCGCAGCGGCUCAAAGAGACGGAGACGGUGGUGGACAAGCUGAAGGUGGAUUUGACCAAGAUGCAGCCAGUCAUCGAGCAGGGAAAGAAGGACACGGCGGCACUGAUCGUUCAGGUGGACAAAGAGGAAGCAGUGGCCAAGGAAGCGCAGGCCUCCUGUGAGGUGGACGAGCGUGAAGCUGGCGAGGCUGCUGCCACGGCCAACUCCAUCAAAACGGAGUGCCAACGAGAGCUGGACGAGGCCCUGCCGGAGUACUACGACGCCAUUAAGGCGCUGGACUCUCUUGACAAGAAGGACAUCCAGGAGGUGAAGUCCUUUGCCAAGCCAGCACCGCUGGUGGAGGUCGUGCUGAGUGCUGUCUGCCUGCUGAUGAAUCGAAAGGAGUCCUGGGACGAGGCCAAGAAGCUCAUGAAUGAUUCCGGCUUCCUUCAGAGCCUCAAAGAUUACGACAAGGACGCCUUGGCUGGCAACGCCAAGCUCACACAGAAGCUACAGAAAUACGUGAAGCGAGAGGAUUUCCAGCCAGAUCAGGUGAAGAAGGUCUCCAAUGCGGCCACCUCUUUGUGCAUGUGGGUUCGCGCCAUGGACGUGUAUGCCCGUGUGGCUCGCUCCAUCGAACCCAAGAAAGAGAAGCUGAAGGGCGCUGAGGACGCGCUGGCUGCAGCAGAGGGCAAGCUCCAGGCGAAGAAGAAGGAGCUGAAGGCGGUGCAGGACAAUGUCGCCGAGCUCCAAUCGCAGCUGUCCAGCGCGAGGACCAAGGCUGAGAAGCUCGAGCAAGAUGCAGAGACAUGCAAGGUGAAGUUGGGCCGUGCCGAGAAGCUGCUGGCCGGCCUCGGCAACGAGUCCGUUAGAUGGGAUGCGGCAAGCAAGAUUCUGGAGAAGAACAUCAAGUUUGUGAUGGGCGACAUCGCCCUGGCGGCGGGCUUCGUCGCCUACGCGGGGCCCUUCACCGCGGAGUUCCGCGCAGGGCUGGUGGGGCGAUGGCUUUCAACGGCACAGGAGGUGAACCUUACCGCGGAUCCGGCCUGGAAGUGCGCUGACACCCUAUGCGAGCCUGCGGAGAUCCGGGAGUGGAACAUCAAGUCGCUCCCUUCAGAUGACCUCUCCAUCGAGAACGGCUUAUUGGUGACCAGAGGCCGGCGCUGGCCUCUAAUGAUCGACCCACAGGGCCAGGGCAACCGUUGGAUCCGCAACAUGAAGAAGGACGGGCUGGGCAUCAUCAAGCUUAGCACCCCCAACUUCCUCCGCACCGUGGAGAACUGCAUUCGGGAAGGGAGCGCGGUGUUGUUGGAGAAUGUGGAGGAGGUCUUAGACCCUUCCCUGGAGCCGGUCUUGCUGAAACAGGUCUUCAAAAAGGGCGGUCAGAUGCUUCUCCGCCUUGGCAGCGAAGACGUGCCGUACCACGACGACUUCCGGUUCUUUGUGACCACGAAGAUGGCGAACCCCCACUACUUGCCGGAGAUCUGUAUCAAGGUCACCGUCAUCAACUUCACCGUGACGCUUCUGGGCCUUGAGGACCAGCUGGUGGCGGACGUGGUGAAGAACGAGCGCCCGGACCUCGCGGAGCUGCGGGCGAACCUGGUGGUGCAGAUCGCCAAGGACAAGGCCGAGAUGGACCGACUCGAACAGCUCAUACUCAAGCUCUUGAGCGAGGCUGGUGCCGAUUUGCUCUCGGACGACACCUUGAUUGUGACCUUGGAUCAGUCCAAGCUGACCGGCGACAGCUGCAAGGAACGCAUGGCUUCUGCAGAGAAGAGCAUGAAGGAGAUUGACGAGGUGACGGAGGUGCUGAGGCCCUGUGCCACCAGAGCCUCCAUCAUCUACUUCGUGGUUGCAGAUCUGGCGAACAUCGACCCGAUGUACCAGUACAGCCUUCAGUUCUUUGCGAGCCUCUUCCAGCAGCGGCUGGCCACUAGCGAGAUGAGUGAGGACCCACAAGAGCGCAUCCACAUCAUCAUCAAGGACUUUACAGAGUUUAUCUACAAGAAGAUUUGCAUGGGCCUCUUCGAGGACCAUAAACUUCUCUACGCCUUCAUGAUCUGCAAUCGCUGCUUGCGGCACGAGGCACAUGCCAAGUUCAUGGGCAAGCAGCGCAUCACUCCAGAGGAGUGGAGUUUCUUCCUGCGCGGGGUGGAGGCCGCCAAGGGCCUGGUGGACGUGCCCAGCGCGGAGGGGCCUGCCUGGCUUGGCGCCGGCUUCCGGAAGAUCCAGGUGCUGGAGGAGCUGACGGCCAAAUCGGGCAACCAGGCGUUCAAGGGCUUGGCCAAGGACAUGUUCACCACUGCGUGGGAGGACUUUGGCACGGACGACAACAUGACCAGCCGGGAGCUGCCAGGUGAGUGGAAGAAUCUCACGGCCUUCCAGCAGCUGUUGAUCAUCAAGGCGCUGCGGGAGAACUUCCUUCAGCUGGUGGUGCGGAACUUUGUGGGGGCGGAGCUGGGAUCGUUGUACACAGUGUCCCCGGAUUUCGACCUGCUGGGCUGCUUCAAGGACUCGAAGAAGACCAUGCCGUUGAUCUUCGUGCUGUCAGCUGGGGCUGAUCCCACUGACUACCUCGUGAAGUUGGCUCGUGACUUCAACUACGAGGAGCGGCUGCACUUCAUCUCUUUGGGCCAGGGCCAGGGCACCAAGGCGGAGAACCUCAUCAAGAUGGGCCAGGAGUCAGGGGACUGGGUCUGUUUGCAGAACUGCCACUUGGCGGCCAGUUGGAUGCCAACCUUGGAGCGGAUCCAGGAGAUGCAGGAGCCCGACAGCAUCGAUGACAUGUACCGGCUGUGGCUCACCUCCAUGCCCUCCACCACUUUCCCGGUGCCGGUGCUGCAGGGAGGCAUCAAGAUCACCAACGAGCCGCCCAAGGGCCUGCGCGCGAACCUCUCCAGGAGCUUCCAGGAGCCCACACGGGGGGAGGGGGGCAGGGCGGUGGUUGCCGAGAACGCACGCCGAAUGCGUGCGCUGGAGCUGGAGGAGCGGCUCUUCGAUGAGGAGAACCCUCCGAAGGAGAAAUGUCCCGCCGAGAAAGACCGAGGGCCUACCCUGGCCUGGUGGUUCCGGGCCUGCUGCUUUUGCUACAGCGCUGUCGGUGCGGAUAUGGCGUGGCGGAUAGGCUACGUGACCUGCCACUGCGCUGCCUACCCUUGGCAGCUUGAGGCGUCGCUGCUGCUGCUGCAGGGCUGCCUGUCCUUCAUGCACGACGCCUACUUUGCCGGGCGCUCGCCAGCGGCGAAGAUGGCGGACAGGUGCUGCGCCAGCUUUUUGACCCUCUGCCAGCCGCUGAAGCUGGCCUUCUGCAGCAUGGACGCCGUGCAGCUCUGCGUGCUCUGCUGCUCCUGGACGCUGGGCCUCUUGUGCUUCAAGGCCGGCGCCCGCGCCUUUGCGGCAGGCAAUGGCCGCCGCUAUCAGAUUUUCCACACGCUGUGGCACAUCUUGCUCCCACUGGGCGGCUACUUGUGGAUCGAGUACACCAGGCUUAGCGUCCUGCUGCUGCACUCGAGCGCGCUGCGGCGGCCUUUGCUCAGCUCCCAAGCCAUUUGGGCCAGGGACGUGGGCGGCGAAGAUGUGAGCACUCUCCUCUUUUGGGGUCCAGGCAAUUCUGGACCUGAGUGCCUUCACCACCCCGGAAGCUUCCUGAGAUGA